GGGUUAAUGUACAGCGUUUGGCUUUACUUCCUUUCAAUACAAUCGACUAAAAGAAAAAGAAACUAGUUGAUCUGUUUAAAAAUGAAAGAAUACUGAAAACACAGUUAGCUUUAGCCAAUACAUCGAUCUCUCAAAUCAACAAAUUCAAAAUAAUGGCGGAUUCUUCGGGAGGGACAACGUUAAUGGAUCUAAUUACAGCUGAUCCUGGAACGACGUCGUCUUCUGCCGCAACUACUGCUACAUCCGGAGGAUCCACCACAGCUCCUCCAGUUUCUUCUUCUUCGCCGCAGAUUGGAUCAGUGAACAGUAAUACGACGUCGUCUUCGGUAGGGAAAGCAACAAUGCUGGGAGAAAAGAGGUCAAAGAGAGCAACACUUAUGCAGAUCCAAAACGACACCAUUUCUGCUGCUAAAGCUGCUUUACAUCCUAUGAAAACUAACAUUAUGACGAUGCCUCAAAAACAAAAGAAGAAGCCAGUUUCUUAUUCACAACUUGCAAGGAGCAUUCAUGAAUUAGCUGCUACAUCUGAUCAUAAAAGCUCUCAAAAGCAAUUAGUUCAUCACGUGUUUCCCAAACUUGCUGUUUACAACUCCGUUGAUCCCUCAUUGGCGCCGUCUCUUCUCAUGCUGAAUCAACAGUGUGAAGAUAGGACUGUCCUGCGCUACGUGUAUUACUAUUUGGCCAGAAUUUUGUCUGAUAAUGGUUCUCAAGGUUUAAGUUCAGGUGGUAUCCCUACUCCUAAUUGGGAUGCUUUAGCUGAUAUCGAUGCUAUUGGAGGGGUCACCCGAGCUGAUGUUGUACCAAGAAUAGUAGAACAACUUUCAGCUGAAGCCUCAAAUGCUGAAAUUGAAUUUCAUGCUCGAAGACUGCAAGCUUUGAAGGCGCUAACUUAUGCUUCUGCAAGUAACACAGAUAUUUUAUCCAGAAUGUACGAGAUUGUAUUUGGCAUUCUUGAUAAGGUUGCAGAUGCUCCUCAAAAACGAAAAAAAGGAGUUUUUGGGACUAAAGGUGGUGAUAAAGAGUCUAUCAUCCGAAGUAAUUUACAAUAUGCUGCUCUGAGUGCACUGAGAAGACUUCCUUUGGAUCCCGGAAACCCUGCAUUUUUGCAUCGUGCCGUGCAAGGGGUUUCAUUCUCGGAUCCUAUAGCUGUGAGGCAUGCUUUAGAAAUCAUGUCUGAAUUAGCAACCAAAGAUCCACAUGCAGUUGCAAUGUCAUUAGGAAAACAUGUACAACCUGGAGGGGCUUUGCAGGAUGUUCUUCAUUUGCACGAUGUGCUUGCCAGAGUUUCUUUGGCGAGGCUAUGCCAUACAAUAUCCAGAGCUCGUGCACUAGAUGAGAGGCCUGACAUUAAAUCUCAGUUCAACUCUGUGCUCUAUCAACUCCUUCUAGAUCCCAGUGAACGGGUCUGUUUUGAGGCUAUUUUAUGCGUAUUGGGAAAAUGUGACAACAAUGAGAGGACUGAAGAACGAGCCGCUGGAUGGUAUCGGUUAACCAGGGAGAUUUUGAAGUUACCAGAAGCACCAUCAGUAUCAUCUAAAGGUGGUGGUGAUGAAUCAAAGCUUUCUAAAGAGAAGGUUCAAAAAACCAGGCGUCCACAACCUCUCAUUAAGCUUGUAAUGAGGAGGUUGGAGAGUGCUUUCCGUAAUUUUUCUAGGCCAGUACUUCAUGCAGCAGCUAGAGUUGUGCAGGAGAUGGGAAAAAGUCGUGCUGCAGCCUUUGCUGUGGGCUUGCAAGAUAUUGAUGAAGGAGUUAAUGUGAAUUCAUAUUCUGAGGCUGCAGAUUCAACUGAUGCAGAUUUUAAUGAAAAUCCAUAUGCAAGUGGUUUCAGAAGGGCAUCUUCUGUGUCUAGUGUGACAAGUGGAAAGGAUACAAUUGCAAGUUUAUUGGCUUCAUUGAUGGAGGUAGUGAGAACGACUGUAGCCUGUGAAUGUGUCUAUGUUCGAGCAAUGGUAAUCAAGGCAUUGAUAUGGAUGCAAGUUCCACAUGAAUCAUUUGAUGAACUAGAAUCAAUUAUUGCAUCAGAGCUUUCUGAUCCAGCAUGGCCAGCUACGCUGUUGAAUGAUAUUUUGCUCACCCUGCAUGCUCGUUUUAAGGCAACUCCAGAUAUGGCUGUAACUCUACUUGAAAUUGCAAGAAUAUUUGCUACCAAGGUACCAGGGAAGAUUGAUGCUGAUGUGUUACAGUUACUAUGGAAAACUUGUCUUGUUGGCGCUGGUCCUGAUGGGAAGCACACUGCUUUGGAAGCAGUCACUAUAGUUCUUGACCUACCACCACCACAACCUGGGUCUAUGUCGGGGCUUACAUCAGUUGAUAGAGUAUCUGCAUCUGAUCCAAAGUCGGCUCUAGCAUUACAGAGAUUAGUCCAAGCAGCAGUAUGGUUCCUUGGAGAAAAUGCCAAUUAUGCUGCCUCUGAAUAUGCUUGGGAAUCAGCAACACCUCCUGGUACUGCAUUGAUGAUGCUAGAUGCAGAUAAAAUGGUUGCUGCUGCCAGCUCUCGUAAUCCUACUCUAGCUGGUGCAUUAACUCGACUACAGAGGUGUGCUUUUAGUGGCAGUUGGGAGGUUCGUAUUGUUGCUGCUCAAGCUCUCACAACUCUAGCAAUCAGGUCUGGUGAGCCUUUUAGGCUACAAAUCUAUGAAUUCUUAAAUGCAUUAGCACAUGGCGGCGUGCAGUCUCAGUUAUCAGAGAUGCAUCUGAGUAAUGGGGAAGAUCAAGGUGCAAGCGGUACCGGCCUUGGAGUCUUAAUAAGUCCCAUGAUAAAGAUUCUUGACGAAAUGUAUAGAGCACAAGAUGAAUUAAUCAAGGAUAUCCGUAAUCAUGAUAAUACCAAUAAAGAAUGGACAGAUGAGGAGCUGAAGAAACUUUAUGAAACCAAUGAAAGGCUGCUGGAUCUUGUUUCACUAUUUUGUUAUGUUCCGAGAGCAAAGUAUCUACCUUUGGGGCCGAUAAGUGCAAAGCUCAUUGACAUCUAUCGCACAAAGCACAACAUAAGUGCAUCAGCUGGUUUAAGUGAUCCAGCUGUUGCCACAGGAAUUUCUGACUUAUUAUAUGAAUCUAAGCCACCACCUGUUGAAUCUGAUGCACUUGAUGAUGAUUUGGUGAAUGCUUGGGCAGCAAACCUUGGCGAUGAUGGUUUAAUGGGAAACAAUGCACCUGCAAUGAACAGGGUCCAUGAAUUUCUUGCUGGUAUUGGAACCGAUGCUCCAGAUGUUGAAGAUGAGAACAUAAUUUCUAGACCUUCAGUUAGUUAUGAUGAUAUGUGGGCAAAGACACUUUUAGAGUCUUCAGAGUUAGAGGAAGAUGAUGCAAGGUCAUCUGGGUCAUCUUCACCAGACUCGAUAGGAUCUGUUGAAACUUCAAUAUCAUCCCACUUUGGCGGAACGAGCUACCCAUCAUUAUUCAGUUCACGGCCUACCAACUAUAAAUCUUCACAAAGCACGGAGAGGUCAGCAGGAAGAAAUAGUGGUUCCUCAUCUAUAUAUGAGGGUGUAAGUUCUCCGAUUAGAGAAGAGCCUCCAUCAUAUUCGUCAUCCAUCAUGCAAAGAUACGAGUCAUUUGAGAACCCUGCAGCUGGUCGUGAAUCCCAGGAUGAUGGACGGGUUUCUUCUGGAAAUCCACAAAUGGGAACGGCGCUCUAUGACUUCACUGCAGGUGGAGAUGAUGAGUUAAAUCUAACAGCCGGAGAAGAGGUCACUAUUGAAUACGAAGUUGAUGGAUGGUUCCAUGUGAAGAAGAAACGUCCUGGAAGGGAUGGCAAAAUGGCAGGGCUAGUUCCUGUUCUCUAUGUUCAGUCUGGAGAUCAUUAAGGAAAUAUAUUGUUUUUUCUACACCAUCCAUGCACCACAUUUCUCAUGAAUACCGCCUGAGCUUCAUGUCAAUUUAGAUUUCCAAACUUGGUCCUACUGAAGGUUCAGAGUGAUGGACGAUGAAACAACGUGGAAAUUUGCUCAUUUUUAAAUACGAAAAUGUAUUGAUUUUGCUACCAACAUUAGAGCUAUGUUAUGGCCUUAUGGGUGUAUGAGCCUGCGAGCUGUUUUUGCUGUUUAUAAUUAGUUCUUUCUAUUGGAGAAGAGGCAUGUAAUACAAUUGAUUGGUAUGGUUUCUGUGAGGGUCAUAGCAUGGUUUUGUUCUCUCU